UCAGGUUCAGUUUCAGGGUCUCGCCGGCAGCCCUGGCUGACGCGCGCGGAGCGGGCGGCAGGGCCGGGACGGCAAGGUCCUCUGGGGGCCCCGGAGUUAGGAGGCGGCGUCCGGGAGCCCCCGGAGGAUAAUGGGCUGCGGACACAGCAAGCUUAGCUGCUGCAAACCCCCCAAAAAGAGGCAGAUCAUCUCUAAGGGGCCGCUACUUGGCGAGUGGUCCACGGAUUCACUUCAUCCGCAUCACGUGGGACCUGUUAGAAAUGCAGAAUCUCAGGCUCUGCCCCAGACCUGCUAAAACAGAACCUAAUAUUUAACAAGAUAAGUGAUUACAAUAGCUUUAAAGUUUGAGACUCGCUGGUAUUAGAGCCUCUUCAGGCCCCAGAGCGGGUGCAUGUGGGCUGUUCUUGCGGGGAGCUGGGAGGGGCCAAAGAGGGAAGAGAUCUACAGCCUGCUGCCCUUCCCUGCCUUCCUGUCCCUCCCCCAAGGGGCCUCAGAGCUGGGUUAGGGCCCAGGAGACGCUACUCAGAUUUCUUGCAGUGGGACCAGCUGCCCCUUGGGGUCUGACAAGCCCAGAAGGUUCAGAGCCUUGAGCCAGAAGGACAACCUCCUGAGCCGCAGAGCAGGAAGUCCCGGCCUCUCCCGCUACUCCUGCUUACCUUCCAGCCAGGUGCCAACCCCCGAGCUCCCAAACCCAUCCCCAACAGGCGACCAGCCCCCCGAGGGAGGGGACUCUAAGGAUGGGAUGUACAAAAAUAAGCUCAGACUGCAGAGGGCCGGGUCAUGACAACAGCAACUCCACCAGAGUGGCAGUUUACAGAGCACUUUCACAUUCUGCUGAGCUCCCAAAAGCCUAGAAAGAGGCCGGGCUGCAGCAUCUUCCCCACUUUACAGAGAUGCCAAGAACCAGAUCAGCCACCCAGACCAGAGCCCCAGGAACUAGGUCCCCUCAAUGGAGACACAGCCACAACUGUCCAGCUCUGUGCAUCUGAGGAGGCUGAGCAGCACCAGAAGGAUCUCACCAGAAUCCUCCAGCAGCACGAAGAGGACAAGAAGAAAUGGACACAACAAGUGCAGAAGGAAAGGGAUCUAGAGCUUCAAGAGAAGCUGGACGAGCAGCGAAGAGUCCUGGAGGGAGAGCAUGAGGCAGCCCUGCAAGUCCUCCGGGCCUCAUAUGAGCAAGAGAAAGAAGCCCUUACCCACUCCUUCCAGGAGGCCAAGACGGCCCUGCAGGAGACCAUUGAUGGACUGACCUCACAGCUGGAGACCUUCCAGGCCAAGAUGAAGAGAGUAGAAGAGUCCAUUCUGAGCCAAGACUACAAAAAGCACAUCAAGGAUUAUGGGAGCCCCAGUCAGUUCUGGGAGCAGGAGCUGGAGAGCUUGCACUUUGUCAUCGAGAUGAAGAAUGAGCGUAUUCAUGAGCUAGACAAGCGGCUGAUCCUCAUGGAAACAGUGAAAGAAAAAAACCUGAUGUUGGAGGAGAAAAUCACCACCCUCCAACAGGAGAAUGAGGACCUCCACGUCCGAGGCCGCAACCAGAUGGUUGUGUCAAGGCAGCUCUCGGAGGACCUACUUCUCACCCGUGAAGCCCUGGAGAAGGAGUCGCAGUUAAGGCGACAGCUCCAGCAAGAGAAGGAGGAGCUGCUGUACCGGGUCCUCGGGGCCGAUGCCUCCCCCACCUUCCCCCUGGCCUCAGUCACCCCCACCGAGGUCUCCUUUCUUGCCACAUAGGCUCAGGUCCUGGGCAGCCAUGAUACCUGUGGUCACGGCUCCCUCUCCAGGACUUUCCAGAGAAGACAGCAGGGGUGAGAUGGGAGCCAGGGUGUGUGCCCAUGAGCCCCCGGGGGCGCGGGCCAUGUAGAAUCGCCCAUGGAGUUUCGGAGGCCCCAAGAAGCGCCUUCCCUUGAGUUGGCCCAGGGAACAAGCAAGAGGAGUCCUUUCCUCCCAUUCUUCUCUCUGUCCAAAUCUGGGAGUUUUGAGGCUUUUCUCAGGGGGAGACUGUGCCGCUUAGGCCAUCUGACAAAGAGGACACAACCUCCUUGUCCUAACGUGUCAGCUUUGCUGCCAGCUCAUCACCUUACUCCUAGAUGUCCCCACUUCUGCCCUGGCCUUCUCUCAGCCUCAGUUUAAAACAGUUGGGGGAACUGAAGAAAUGACUCUUGCGUUACUACGGUGUCCCAUGCUAGGAUUGUCCGAAGGUCAGACUCAGAGCUGGGGGGCAGGGGAGGAAGUGGGCCAAAGCCUUUGAACCAACUGGGAAAGGUGAGCAGCGGGGAGGGGGUCACUGGAGGCCCUUGGUGCUGGUGGUGCAAGGGGCUGACCCAGGCGAGGAGGGGCUGGGCAGGGUGUCGGCCUGUCACUGCUCAGGGUCCCAGAGUCUGGUCUGCCCAGGGGUUAUGGCCAGAGCUCCUCCUCCUUGACCAGGCAAAGUUCACUCCUCAGCCCUCUGAUCCCUUAGUCUCAGUGCCACAUGGGCACCAAGGCCACCUGGUGGGUCUGAGCAUACUCCACAGCCAGAGCUGGAACCUCAGCCCUGAACAGAUGGGGAAAACGAGGUAGGGAGUGAGACCCACAAAGCCAGGACGGGGACCUCACCUGUUGUCCAGGUCUUGUGCUUUUUCUUUCUCCCUAGGCUCUGGGAAGAUCAGAUCUGUGACAGUCUUUCAACCCGUUCCUUUAUCUGUCCCCCACCUACUCUGGUCUUUUACCCCUGCUCUCCACCUUCACUCCUUCUACCACCCCUGACCCCAGGCCCCUGGAACCUGGCCCUUCGUUUCCUCAUCGGUGCAAAGGGGUGGCUGGAGUAACCCACCUCAGCAGCUCUGUCCAGCCCUGACAUCUGUGGGUUUAAGAUUAUUCUCAGGAAGUCAGAUCAGCAGGAGCCUAUAAUAACCCUCCCCUGGCACAGAGCAUUUUAAUGAAAUGC